UUGGUGUGCACAUUGCAUAUGCGGUCGAAUCGUGCUUGCUGGGUGCGGAGUCGGGUCCAAGCCUUGGAGGAGGCUCCGCCCCUUUACGAGCGUCGGACACCUCCAGCACAACAAAGCGUGUGUGGCACCGCAACAUUGUUCCUCAUCUGAACGUGCCGACGACUGGAUUCUGUCCUUUUUUGACUUCUUCUUUGCUCUUGCCCAUUGAUGCGCAACCCGCAGUUGUGGCUACCAUGACAACAGAGGCAAGUGCCGUAAGCGAGGCGGACACUGAAGGCAAGCAGAAGGCUAGCGCCGCUGAACCUGAACCUGAGACCAAGCAGAGUCCAGAGGCAACAGCAUCAGAGCCAGAGGGGGAACAGUCGAGCAAGAAGGCACAGGGACAGGCCGCUGAGCCUGCCUCUGCCGAUGCAGCCUCCUCCCCUGAAGAGGAGCAGCUGAAGCCUCGCACCAGAACUUCUGCUGGCAAAGGCCUCUCUCGCCUCUUUUCCUCUUUCCUUAAACGCCGCUCGCAGUGCUCAGAAGGAGAGGGCUUUGAGGCAGAGAAAGCAAGGGAGGACAAGGAGGACAAAGAAGAACAGGCUGGUAAAGCGGAAGAAGAAAAAGAAGAGAAAGUGAAAACUGAAGAGAAGGAUGCUCUCCCAGAGGAGACAGCAGAUUCGAAGGAGGUAAAACCAAGCGAAGAAGCACAACAAAAAGAGGAAAAAAAGACCGAGCCAGAUAAAAUAGAGAAGAAGGGCAGUAAGAAGAAAAAGAAAGACACCAAGAAGAAAACAGAGGAGAAGGAUGCAGAGUUGGUGAAAACCGCAGAGGAGAAAAAGGAAGAGGAGCAGGACAAGAAGAAAGCGCAGGAGAAGAAAGAGGAGCAAAAAGAAGAGGCCAAGGUUGAGGAAACUGUAGAAAAAACAGAAGAAAAAGUCGAGACAAAGGAGGAGAAAAGGACAGAAGACAAAUGCACCGAAACUGACCCUGAAAAGGAGAUUAAAGAGGAGGAGAAAGUUGACAAAAGGUUAGCAAAGAAAAAAGAAAAAGAGGAAAGGGUGAAGAAAAAGGAAGAAGAAAAAGCGAAGAAAAAAGCAGUGGAAGAGGAAAAGGCAAAGAAGAAGGAGGAGGAGAAAGAGAAGAAGAGAGAGGAGGAGAAGGCAAAAGAGGCAGAAAAAGCAAAGAAGAAGGAGGAGGAGAAGGCU